AUGAACAGAACUACAGCAACCUGCUGGAUGGUUAUGCUACUGGCGGCUUUCUUCUGUGAAACUGUGAUCUCAAAGGGGGGAAGGGGAGGAGCCAGGGGGGCGGCCCGGGGUGCUGCUCGUGGAAUGCGAUCUCGGGUGAAGGCGACGAGAUACAGGUCUUCAGGGUCAACGCUGAGGGUGGCGGCCGCAGCGGCGGGAGGGGCUGCUGCUGGCGUUGCAGCUGGGGGAUGGCUGGCAUCAUCUCGCUACCGUUCGGAUGACAGCUCCGAAAUGUACGGCAGACCAUACGGGAACAGGACGGAUGGUGACUACAGUUACAGUGCCAGAACAUCCUCCUCGGUCCAACCGAGAUGUUCCUUCACCACCAUCACAUCAGCCCUCUGUCUGAUUAGCGUCUUCAAAUAUGUCAGCGUCUGA